GCCAGCUCAAGCUGGCAGCCGCACAGGCAGAGAAUCAGCGACGCGGCGAGCAACCCUGGUUCACAGGGUCUCCGCAUCUCUGCUGCAUAAUGACUACGGCAGUUCACUUUCCCAGUCCAUCUCGAAUGUGACAACAGCAAUAUGAGAAGCGGCUUGACCGCUUGAUUUGCAAUGCUUGGUGGUCAACAGAAAAUCAGGAAAAUGGGCCCUUCCUCCUUCAGUGACAGUAGGUCAGCACAGCAGUCUGCAGAAAGUUGGUACACAGGACUUCCAUAAAGAUCUGGUCCCAGAUGAAGGGCAAAUGCUGAAGGUAGUGGAGGCAUUCAGAGGUCUAGAUGUGAGGAGGGUGUGGGUGUGUACCCGUGUGCACACUUCCAUUUUUGCUGCAAGUAUUAGCUAAUGACUUGGCAUAGGUGGAAGUGUUUUCAAGCAGGGUUUUGUGCUCAUCUUGCUGAACACGCUGAGCUAAGGAGAUGCGUUGGCAUUACUUUCUCAAUUGUGUAUACCUAGUCUCAGCAUUGCGAAGCGGCGGCGAGAAGCGAUGGGUUCUGAGGGGGGCUUAGAGGCCGUCCGGUUCAACAUCACAGGAUUCAGCAAGUUCCAUGGAGUUGCUGACAACCCGACCGAGACGCUAGUGUCGAAGCUAAGAAAUUAUAUCAAGGAGGAGGGCGGGCCUCCGAUUUUGCUGGAGAGCUGCACGGUUCUUGAGACCGCUGGGAAAGGCGCUCUCGGUAGACUGCUCGAGUUGCUGAAUGGACCACUUCAGCCUAGCGCCCUAGACACCAAAGCCAAGAGCGAGGUCAAUGGUGCCAGAGGUGCAGGUCGGAAGGUCCUGCUUGACGGAGCGCCACGCAAACCGGCCCAAGGAAAGAUCAUCUGGAUUCAUCUUGGCGUCAACGGCGGUGCGUCGCGCUUUGCUUUGGAGCGGCGAGCCUACAACGAGGCUACUUUCCGGUGCCCCGAUGAGGCAGGCUGGCAGCCAUGGAAGGAGCCAAUCCUCCCUGAGGACGGGCCCCUUGACUUCUUUCGGGAGACUGUGGCUCCAGUUGACGAGCUCGUUGGGGCGUUGCGGAAGCAGGGUUUCGAUUGUGCGCCGUCAACAGACGCGGGUCGUUUUGUUUGCAAUUAUGUAUACUACCAUUCGCUCCGGCACGCGCUGAUUCACGGCACUGAGUCGCUCUUUGUACAUGUUCCUGCGUUCGAAGUUGUAGGAGAGGAUGUCCAGCUAGAAUUCGUUGUAGCUCUUCUAAGGACAUUGAAUAGCAUAUAGGUCGCGACUGCAAUAGGGUGGAUUAUGGGGCUUCAGGUGUGCUCAUUCCAUAUAAGGGAUCCGGAUCAAUUAUAGAUGUAAAGAUUCUGAGGAAUAAGUACGCACGGUAGGUUGUUGACAUGACGCGUAUACACAAUAAAGCUAGCGUUACUUGAUACAUCAGUCAUAGAAAUGACAGUCCAUGAAUGUUCAGCAGAUUUCCGAGGCCGCACGGCACAUGUCAAUCCUGGCUCAGGUUUCUAGCUGCGA